AUGAGUUCAAAAGUACACUCAGUUGAUGUGGAAAAAGAUGCUUUCUCAAAUACUAUUCCUGAGAUUGAAAUUCUGAAGAGAAGAAAGAAAGAAGAAAUAGAGAAACAACAAGUUCUUGAAAUACAGGAACUUGAAAAAAAGAAAAUAUAUGCUCAAGCAGCUGAAUCUGCUGUCUCUAAACCUGCUGUCUCUAAAUCUGCUAUCUCAAAACCUGCUCAAAAUUCUGAGAAAACUGAGAAGAAUACUGCUCAUACUUCUAGUGAUAGAAGAGUGGAGAAAAAAAUGCAAAAAGAGAAAAAUCUUCAAAUCUUCAGAGAUAGAAGACUUAUUCUCAAAGUCUCAAAUCAGGACAUAUUGCAGAGAAAUAAGCUAAGCUCAAACCUCAUUUUCAGAAUUAGAAAUGAAAUCAAUCAGCAGUUCUUUUCUCAGUUAAUAACUGAUAUUGAAGUUCAAAAAUCAGUUAUAGCUUCAAUUGAGUCAUUCUUCUUUGAAAACUUCAUUAUUCUGACUACAAUGCCUGAAUUCAGUGCUGAAUUCCUUAUUCAGAAUGAGAAUCUCUGA